AUGGCUCUGCCUGGGAAAUGCAGAUUAGCUCUGCUGCUGUCCCUCCAGAUCCUUGCGACCCAGCAGCGACGACUGGAGGAUGCCUCGAGCCUUCUGCAGGAGAAGAUGGUCAAAGCCGAAGCGUGUGACCUUCUUCAUCCUCUGGAAGGCCUGAAAUGGACACAUUCCAAGAAGAUGGGGAACAACACUGUUUAUAGCGGCAACUUGACGGUGCCGCUGAGUCCUCAUGCAGAAGACAAAGAUGACACGCCCUUCUUGGAUCUUCUUGUGAUGCUGGUGGUGCCUCCGGGCCCGUCCGAGCCUGUUUUGGUGCACUGUGGAGGGCCAGGCAGCGAUGCGACAUGUGUGCUGGGAAACAGCAUCCAGGGUUAUGCUGGCUUCUCUAUAUCGCAGCGUGGCAUCGGGGUGACCGCCAAUCCCAUCUUCGAGUGCGAUCCGAAUUACAUGAAGUUCCCACCGAAGGGAAAGUCGCAGUACGAAAUCUCCGACUUCACCGACUGCCCGUGUGCGUUGCCGGAUGGCGCGCCCUUGGUUGGCCAGUCCUUCGCGAACUUGGACCCGAACAACGACUCUCAAGUUGAGGUCCUCUUCCGAAGCAUGGCGGUCCGCUCCCGGCGCUGUGCCGCAGAUAGCAAGUGGAUGCUCACGGGCCCAAGAGGGAAGAAGUAUAACUUCCUCGAGUGGUCGGGGACUCGCAUGUUGGCACAUGACAUCGACUUCUUCCGAAGCCGCAUCUGCGCGCCAAAGCUGAACCUCAACGGAGAUUCCUAUGGCACAGCGGUGGCCGCCGUAUAUGCAGACAUGUUCCCUGAUCGAGUUGCCAAGAUGGUCAUCAACGGCAACAUGCCACCGGUGCCCCACACCCUGGAGUUCGCGAAAGGGCAGGGGAUGGCAUUAACACAGGCUUUUGGGCAUUUGGAGCGGAUGUGCGUCAAAUGGACGUCGACUCACCCAUGCGAUUAUUUCAGCGACGAGAUGUCUCUGACAAAGGCCUGGAAUACCCUGAUCGGCGAGAUUCGGGCGGGGCGACUCACAGCGCCGACGAACCUCCCAGCGAUGGGUCAGGGAGGCAACGUGAGCUUCCCUUUGAGCAUCGGGCUACUCCAGGGCUACGUCCAGGAGCUGAUGAUCAUUGCAGGUUUCGUGCCGACCGGCUGGGCCAAGCCUGUCCUGACGCUCGUGAACCUUGCGGGCAUGCGGGGCCAAAGAGCUCGAGUGGAUCAGGUCGCCAAGAUCUUGGACCGGUAUUGCACCCUGCCCACGGGAUACUCCGGCGAGUGGAGUGGCAUCAAGACGUGGAGGGUCUACGGCGUUUGCAUUGGCCAGCAGUCUGUUGGCCUCUCCAACUCCGAAUCAGAUUCCAGGUUGGAAGGUCUCGGUGUGCCCAUGCGGAGGAGGGGAGUUGACGGCUUCGUGAACGAGGGGACGGUCCUUGGGCAGGACCUUUUCGGCAGGUUCACCGUGGCCCAAGCCAUGGGAGCUUAUCGAGCCUUCCGGGCGGAAUGGGAGGAGAUGGCUACCAGCUCCUUCGUGGGGAUUUUCAGCGCUUUCUUCGCUUGGGACGCUGAGGCGAUACCCGUUCAGGCCAGUGGCCUCUGGGUGCACCUUGUGACAGAGGGGUUUGCAUAA